CUUGAGACUAGAUCGGUUAGAGAUAAACACAUGGAGAUCAGUCACUUUAGCCAUCACCACCGUUUGGUGCUCCUGGAUCAAGAAACGGAUACUGCUAAAAGCCCAAAACAUUGUUGCUUUGGAUGCGAGGAAGCUGUAGAAGGAUCCACGUACAGCUGUCGCCAGUGCGGUUUUUUUCUCCACAAGAAAUGCGCUGAGCUACCAGGUGAGAUCAAUCACCCCCUCCACCACCAACAUCCUCUUGUUCUUUCUGUUACGCCCUAUAGGCAUUCCAUCGGUUUUUUGUGUAACCUAUGCUAUGGGGAAAGAGAGGGAUUUGCUUACCACUGCUCUUCUUGUAAGUUUGACCUCGACAUUAGAUGCGCUACCCAUCCAAAACUUGUUGCUGGAGAUUUUCAAAAGCUUCAGCAUUUUAGCCACGACCAUCCAUUGAUCUUUAAAUCCAUCUUCUUUCCAUCACCACCGUUGACCAUUGCUCACAAUUCAUUCCACCCUACUAUUUUCUCCUUCCAUCUCAGGCCUCUCGAGACUAGAUCGGUUAGAGAUAAACACAUGGAGAUCAAUCACUUUAGCCAUCACCACCGUUUGGUGCUCCUGGAUCCAGAAACGGGUACUGAUCAAAGCCCAAAACAUUAUUGCUCUGGAUGCGAGGAAGCUGCGGAGGGAUCCACCUACAGCUGUCGCCAGUGUCGUUUUUUCCUCCACAAGAAAUGUGCUGAGCUACCAGGAGUGCAGAGGGAUUUGCUUACCACUGCUAUUCUUGUCGGUUUGACCUUGACAUUAGAUGCGCUACCCAUCCAAAACUUGUUGCUGGAGAUUUUCAAACGCUUCAGCAUUUUAGCCACGACCAUCCAUUGAUCUUUGUUCAACAUAUUGAUUUUGGAGACAAAGAUCAUGUUUGCUCCGGAUGUAAGAGAAGCAUGUCAAGUCCUUUCUACUGUUGUCCAGACUGCACAUAUUACCUUCACAAGAAAUGUGCAGAGCUAUCUCUUGAGAUCACUCACCAUACCCACCAAAAACACCCUCUUUUUCUCUUAG